AACCUAACUUUUGAAAGAUACCGAUUGGUUCCCUAUGGUAACCAUUCAUUCAUUGAAACCUUAGAGGAUAAACCAAAAGAGCUUCCUUUAUAUGGAUCUGGUGGCUUCAGAUACUUACUCAAUAACAAAUUUGAUCAAGCUAUGAUAGCUUUUCUUGAUUGUAUGUCUCAAGUCGUUGCAGAAAUUGAAAGAGUCGAUAAAUCCUGGUAUUGUCCAUACAGAAUGGACAAAGAAAAGAUAGAAGACACAAAACGAAACAAUUGCUAUUCUAUUAGAAUCCAAUAUAAUUCGGAGGAGGAAUGGACCAAAGCAUUGAAAUAUAUGCUUACAAAUCUGAAAUGGAUAUUAACUUGGGUGGCUCGACCUGAAACAAGUGAAAGAUGUGACUCUAGCGUUUCCACCACUAAAUAAGACAUCAAAAAUUGUCGAUUUAGACAGCUAAAACAGAGGCCAAAAAUCCAAGUGAUAUAAUGAGGAGAAAAAAAUUAUCCAUUAAUUUAUACGUCAACCAAGGAUAGGCGAGCCAAGUAAAGCCUGAGAACGUUGGUUUACCAUUUUAAACAAAAGCAUUCAACUCAAGUUGAUUUCAUUACAAAUAAUUGUCCCUCCUCACAACAAACCGAUAAUUUUGUGAAAUCCUUCAAGUUCAAGCAUAAUUUCAUUUUUAUUGAUCUCAUUAAUUGAGUGAAAGAUAAACGUUUUUUCAUCUAUUUUUCAUAGACAAAAA